GUUCUAAGUGCUGCUUGUGUGGCUCUCGCGUCAGAGGAGGGGGCGGGGCUUGGGUGGUUUCGGCCCCGCCCACUCUCUCUGCUUUUGAAGGGAAAGAGAGACUUCGUUGAAAGGAAGGAAGGGAGGAAGGAGGGAAGAGAGGGAAGCGGCGGCGGUGCUGUUCUGCUUCUGCUUCGGGAUGGGCCUGAUCUUCGCGAAGCUGUGGAGCCUUUUCUGUAACCAGGAGCACAAAGUGAUAAUUGUGGGACUUGACAAUGCUGGAAAGACCACCAUUCUGUACCAGUUCCUCAUGAAUGAAGUGGUUCAUACUUCUCCCACCAUUGGAAGCAACGUUGAAGAAAUAGUAGUAAAAAACACCCAUUUCCUUAUGUGGGAUAUCGGAGGACAGGAGUCGUUGCGGUCAUCCUGGAAUACGUAUUAUUCAAAUACAGAGUUCAUUAUCCUUGUAGUUGACAGCAUUGAUCGAGAGAGACUGUCCAUCACAAAAGAAGAACUUUACAGAAUGUUAGCUCAUGAGGACUUGCGAAAAGCUGCAGUUCUCAUCUUUGCAAACAAGCAAGAUAUGAAAGGUUGUAUGACAGCUGCUGAAAUUUCCAAAUACCUCACUCUUAGUUCCAUAAAGGAUCACCCAUGGCACAUUCAGUCUUGUUGUGCACUAACAGGAGAAGGAUUGUGUCAAGGUUUAGAAUGGAUGACUUCUCGAAUUGGCGUAAGAUAACUUCUGGAAAGAAAUUGGUGCUUAUCCUAUGGAUGAAUUCCAUUGUUGUACACUUGACUGCUGAGGGAGCAACAUGUUUAGAACAUUGGAAACCUCCACAAGCAACACUUGAAUCAAGUGCAGCUAACAGAAACUCAGAAGUAUUUACCUUAAAAUGCACUAAUCUUGGAUGAAUGGAUGAAUGAACAUAGGAACAAUUGGGAAGUUCUCCUGACUACAUAAGCUACAUGUCUGCCUUGUAACAUUUUUAUUGAGAAAUUUCCUUCAGACUGCCUACAUUAAUAGACUGCAUCUACAGGAGAUUUCCUUCCUUUCCUGUUUCCAUGCCGCAACACAUUCGCAUUAUACCCAAACUGGGCAUUAAAAUCAACGUAUUUCCAGAUGAUGAGAUUUCAAAUAUUGUUACACUACCAGCAUUCUCUAACAACGGAACAGUUAUUUAUUUGCCACCAUUACCUUUCUGGUUACAUAAAUGUUAUAACGUUUUUGUCUUGUCAAACAAA